AUGCUGCCCCAGAUAAUGGCUGUGGUGGCCCUGGGUAUCCUACAGUUGCCUCAUAGCAACUCCCAGGUAAGAUAAAUGAUGCUGAAUCCUGAACCUGCGAGGGCUGGUGGUGUGGAACCAGUAGGAGGCAGGGGAUGGUGCCUGUAGGUUUAGGUGCAGAGCCCAGAUGUGCUUGGUCCUUAGGAGUGGACCCUGAUAGAUGAAAGAGUGGAGUUCAAAGCUAAAGCUCUUGUCAAGCCAAGCAACCACUUGUUGUGAUGACAAAAAGGGAAAGAGAAGUAUGUAGGCUACCUUAAGCUUCCUGGAGGAGAGGUGGGAUAUAAAUGUAAUGGAUGGAUGGAUGGAUGGAUGGAUGGAUGGAUGGAUGAAAUCCCUCCCUGAUUUCCCAGCCUGGUGCCCACCAGAUGUUUGGGGCUCUAAUUCCCAUCACCCCCAGCCAGCAUGGCUAAAGGUUGUAAGCAGAACAUUUUCUCACCACCCUCAACUUAGACAGGCUGGUGUAUGAAACUUCAGCAAUGGGCAGUGUGAGGUCUUAGAACAGGAAUGUCAUAGAAGUGUUUUUUCUGGGCCAGAUUGCAUGCCUUAGAUGCAGAGGCCUGAUCUUGCCUAUAGUAUGGAUUGUGGACCUGGGGGCACCAUCUAGACCUGUGGUGGCCAAACUUGCCCCUCCAGCUGUUUUUGGACUACAACUCCCAUCAUCCCUAGCUAACAGGACCAAUGGUCAGGGAUGAUGGGAAAUGUAGUCCCAAAACAGCUGGAGGGGCAAGUUUGGCCACCACUGAUCUAAACAUUCUGUACUCACCUCCAAAAGGAUAUUGUGGAGGUGAAAAAGGUUCAGAAAAGGGCAGCCAAAACGAACAAGGGAUGGAGCCUCUGCAGUGGUGGUGGGUGGGUGCUUGUGGGUGUGCGUGCAGCAUCAGUUACAAUUUGCCUCGAGCCUUUGUGGGUGAUACCUGUGGGCUGUUCCUUCCACUUCCCUGCCAAAGCUGCUUUGUUCCUCCUCUCCUCCCACCCCCUGCAGGGCUGCCUAAGUGACCAGCAAGUUUCCAGCGCCAUCCGGCAGAUGCAGAAGCUGCUGUCUUCACAUGAGGCUGCCCAGCUGCAGAGCCUGCGCAACUUCAAGAAGCAGCUGGCCGUUUUGCAAGGCAGUCUCCACCAGCAGGCAGCCAAGCACAAUGGUAAAAGGAGAGAGAAGCACAGACCGCAGAAGCAGAAAGGUGUCUGUGUGUGCACAGGAUGUGUGCAGGACACAGGGCAACCCUGAGGCUGUUUUGUUUUGUUUUUUAAAUGUCUAGGGGAUGGCUUUUUGCUCUUUAAAAAUGGGGACUGGAAAGGGGGAAUUGUUUCCAGUGGUACCUCUACUCAUAGCAGACCCACUGAAUUUAAUAGACAUGAUUAACUUGGGUUCAUUAAUUUCAGUGGGUGCACUGCAAGUAGAAUCAAGUUGAUGCUUUGUUGUGUUUUUAUAUAUGUUGUAAGCGGCCCAGAGUGGCUGGGGAAACCCAGCAGGAUGGACGGGAUAUAAAUUUCAAAAUUAUGAUUAUUAUUAAGUUGCAUACAACUCAGGGUUUUAAAAAAACUCAUCUAUUAUGAUUAUUUUUAUAUUUAUUUAUAUGCCAUCCUGGACCAGACUGGGACUCAGCUUACACAAAGUAAAGCAACCCAGAUAAAAAGCAAAAAGCUGAAAACAUAUAAAGAUAAUGUUGUAAUGCUACACCCAGUGCUGAUGCCAGACUAUUUUGCACCCUGGGCAAAGCUAACUACUUGCACCCAACACCCCCCCCCCAUGCCAAUUUCAGUUUUCAAAAACAGAUGUCUUGUAGAAAAAAUUGAAAAGCACAAUUUAUCUGCUGUCAAUUUAUGCUGAAUUUAUUUUUAAUUGAAAGAAUAAGUAAUGCAACCAUCUUUGAUUAUCUUUUUCCAAUACUAAAGUUGGAAUUUAUUGUGAAUUGUGAUGUUAAGUCUAUUAAAAGUUUCACUUUCAGGCACAUCAAAACCUCACUUUUCACUGUGUGUGUGACCUCCAGUCAACUGUGGUCUAUUUCAUAUCUAUAUGAAAAACAAUUCUAAUGUAUGACUUACUUCAGAAACGAUAAAACUCUUCACAAUAUAAAGUAAAAGCAAAAUAGUAUCAGAAAUGUAUAAGAUAUAAUAAAAACAGAUCUGUAUAAAACCGUGCCCCUCAGAGGUCAGUACUGAGCUCCUCUGAGGUCUGUGCCCUGGGCAGCUGCCUAGUUUGCCUCAUGAGAGCCCCAGCCUUGGCUAUAACUCUAUUUCAUUUAAGCGGCAUUUUGCUACUUAAUGUAUACAAGAAAGCAACAACCAUAGGCUAGGGUAGGAAAAGAGCCUGGGGAAAGGAGCCAUGGAGAGACUCACUCUCCCAUCUUUUCUGAUCCGCCAACAGAGAGCUGCACCCCCCUGCCAGCACCCUUGAACGGCCGGAGGCUGGGAAAGAGGACGUCCGUGGGUCAUGAGGUACAUUUUGUCUGUGAUGAUGGUUUCCUCCUGGUGGGUGCUGAGACACGGGUGUGUCAGGAGAACCACAAGUGGAGCGGACAGCAGCCUGUCUGCAAAGGUGAGUGUGUCUGGCUGGUAGAAGGAAUAGCUUGAGGUUGCCAGGUAUCAUAAAAAUGGGGAGGGGCACCUCCUAACAGCCCCCACUCCUGCUGAUAGACCUACAGGUUGAUCUCUGGCCAAUUUUCCCAAUUGGGCCUGCAAUUUUGUUGUAACCAUAACAUGGCUUUCCAAGUGAAGGAACAAACGAGGAAUUGUCGUUUACAUGGAAAGACAGUGAGCUCUGCUCCAUUCUUGUACAGUGGUACUUCGGGUUACAGACGCUUCAGGUUACAGACUCCGCUAACCCAGAAAUAGUACCUUGGGUUAAGAACUUUGCUUCAGGAUGAGAACAGAAAUCGUGCUCCGGCGGUGCGGCAGCAGCAGGAGGCCCCAUUAACUAAAGUGGUGUUUCAGGUUAAGAACAGUUUCAGGUUAAGAAUGGACCUCUGGAACAAAUUAAGUACUUAACCUGAGGUACCACUGUACUGAAAACCAAUUCUGAUGAGCAGCAUGGGCUCAGAGGUUCUCCAUUUCCCCUCCACUGGUCCAAAAUGAGGGCUGUUUGAGUGUAAUUCAGUUUCCCCCUUCCCUUCUUUCCUCAACUCAGGCAUCAACGAGUGUGCCAGCAACCCCUGUGCCAAUGGCGGGACCUGUGUGGAUGGCAUCCACCGCUACAGCUGCUUGUGCCCCAGUGGUUGGUCAGGCAGCACCUGCCAAGCCCCACUGUACUCCUGUAAGUAGCAGGGGGCUGCGGUACCCCUGUCCACAUGACGGAAAAUACCCUGGGGAACUGGGAAAAGGAGAGGUGGGUGCCUGGAGAUAUUUCCACAUCGGCUUGGUUAGGCUGAGCACGUGGGGUUCAUAAGAGGCCUGUGCUGUGUGACUCGGCUGGGGGUCUCCGUCCCCUGCUCCUUUUCUCUAUUGGGCAUUGGUGCAAAGAACUGACAGCUGCCUCUCGACCACAGAUUGGGCGACGCUCAGCAACUCAUCCUUUAGCCGACAGCCUCGUUGCGCUGAAAAUUACCUGGGCUCACGCCAGUGCAGUUGCGACCCUGGCUUCCAGAUGCAGGCAGGAGGCCUCUGCCAAGGUAAGGGAGAAGAGGGCUUGGCAGGUCGACAGAGAUGGUGUAUCGUGCUUCCCAGAAACAGAGGGAUUUCCUCCCCUGGCCAUCUUCCCACACACAAGCCAGGGAUCUUCCGACUUUCUUCCUUCAGGGAAUCUUUUGUACAUAUAUCUGUCCUGGGCUGAAUGCCACGUAGCACUAGGGACAAACCCACCUGUUGCCUGCAUGCCUGGCUCCUUGUGGCCUUCCUGGAGACUAUCCCAGGGAACAUAGGAAGCCUUAUACCUUAUACCGACUUAGACCCUUGGUCCAUCUAGCUCAGGGACUAGCCGCUGCUCUCCAAUAUUUCAGGCAAGGAGUCUGUCCCAACGCUGCCUGGAGACGCUGCUGGAAAUUGAACCUGGGAAGGCAGAUGCUCUGCCAGUGAGCUAUAGGCUGGUCUAGAUCAGGAUGCUGCUCUAAAUGGAUCUCAGUUUGAACUAGAGCAUCCCUUCCCCAGCCUGAUGCCCUCCAGAUGUUUGCUGGGCUGGGUUGAUGGGAACUGAAGUCCAGAGCUUCUGGAGGGCAGCAGCUUGGGGGGAAGGCAGAACAAGAUGGAGCCCCUCAGUCUGAUCCAGUUGGGGCUCCUUUUUACCUUUUACAUUCCCACCUUGGGAGUUUUCUGCCUGGAUCGCACCAUCCUCAUGAUUCAGGCACCAGCCCAAUUACUCUGCAUUACCAAAAUGCCCAUUGUUAUGACCAGCAGGCAGUACUCUGGGCAAGGGCAGAUGUGGCCAAGUUAUUUUGUAGCUUUUUAGUGCCUGAACGCUUUCCCUUACUAUAUCUAUAGAGCAUAGGCCAAAUACUUGGCUUUAAAAUGGGGUGGAGGGGGCUGUCAUCUCCUGGUGAUGCAAUCAGACCCUUAUUAGGCCUCCCCUGUUAGUGGCAGGAGAGCAGAAAAGGAGGGGGCUAAUAGCCUCCAAGCCUUGCUGAUGGGCUUCCUGAAAGCAUCUAGCUGGCCACUGUGGAUGCAGGAUGCUGGCCUAGCAGGCCUUUGGUCUGAUCCAGCUUCAGGGCUCUGCUUAGGCUCCAAGCACUAUAUCAGAUUCCCAGGAAGCAACAGCCACAAGAUCAUGCCUUAAUUUAGCUCUGCCCCAAUAGAGUGUCUUUUCUCCAGUUCAGUUGACCUCAGUGGACAUCCCACAUUGCAGCUUGUGCUGGUGUGCAGAGGGGCAAUUUGUGCUCAUGGGGUCUGAUCCUUGAAGCAAACAACUCCAGGUGCCUGUCUACGGGCUGCCUCUCAGCCAAACUGCCCCCCCCCAAGUCAUCAUUGGUUGUAGCCCUUCCUUGCUUGGUGAGUUUUCCUUCGCCUGGGCAUUGAUCUCCAGAAGUGCUGAGUGGGGGCUGGAGGUCCCUUUUUGCUCUGCCCUUGGUGGGUGUAGGGUCACUCAGCAGACUUCUUGCUGCCUCCCCUCCAGAUAUCGAUGAGUGCAAGCUCUUCCAGACCAGCCGCCACACCCGCAUCUGCCUCCACAAAUGUGUGAACCUGCCUGGAGCCUAUCAGUGUACUUGUCCCCAUGGCUACCAGCUCCAGGGUGACACCAAUUCAUGCAAUGGUGAGUGCCUUUGCGGGGGGUGGGGUGAGAGAGAAUAAUUGAGGGUCAGCUGGGAGAGGAACCGCCCUGAGCUGUGUGUUCUAGGAGGCUGAAGGAGGGCAUGGCGUCAAACAAACUCUCCCUGUUGUGUUUGCAAGAUGUGGACGAGUGCGCAGAGAACCAGCACAACUGCAGCCAGGGACAGACCUGCAUCAACGUCUUUGGGGGCUUCCGCUGUGUGCGGCCCGAAUGCCCCAAGGCACAACUCAAUAUCAGCUACGUCAAGACUUCAGCCAUGUAAGUACAAGCACUAGAGUUCACUCAGGAAGGAAGCGGCAGCCUUUGCCAGCAACUGCUCCACUCCCUGUCUGCAGUGCUGGGCAGAAGCACCUCGUAGCCUCCCAGAGCCUUCACCCCAAUGCCCCCUAGAGCUUCCUUUCGCUCUUCUGCCCACUGAGCCAGAACAGAGAUGGUGGCCAUGCCACUUUGCAUGCCAAAUGGUUUGAGAUGCUGUGGGAAUCGACUGACCAGGGACUGUUUUCAGCUGAUGUGAGCACAUUGUUGUAUCACACAUAGUUAAACUGUGGAACUCACUCCCACAGGAGGCAGUGGUGGCCACUAACCUAGACAUCUUUAAGAGAGGGUUAGACAAAUUAAUGGGGGAUAAGGCUAUCAGCCAGGGUGGCCAUAAAGCUUCUGAAUACCAGUUGCUGGAAGCCCUGGUGUGGGGUGGAGGAGUGUUUUUGUGCAGGGUCCCUGUGGUUGGCUCCUGAGAGCAGGGGCCAUUGGGCUGGUCCAGCAGGCUUGCCUUGUGCUCUUAUACAGUCUCCCAACAAUCUCCCAACACUUUCUUCACUUCUCUCUCUCGCCCAAACAAAAACCAAGAGUCUGGGAUAGCUCAGUCGGCAGAGCAUGAGACGCUUAAUCGCAGUCAUGGGGUUGAGCCCCAUGUUGGUCAAAGGAUUCUUGCAUUGCUCAGGGUUGGACUAGAUGACCCUCAUGGUCCCUUCCAAUUCUACGAGUCCCUGCAUAGCAUUGAGCCUUAUGGAGGAAGGAGGGACUUGCACUGGCACCACUGGAAGUUCCCUCCUCCCCCCCAAGCCUCAUUUCCACAUUAGAAAGGCUGAGGAAUAUGUUCUGGAGGCACAGUGUAGUGGAUGGGGGCUGGAGUCUAAAGAUGCCCCCUCCUAUUUUCUAUUUACAGAACCACUUAUUAAGCCAAUCAGAGUCUCCACAAAGCCAGCAGGACUCGGCUAUUUCCAUCUCACUGGGUGCAAGCACCCCAAUUUGUUAUUUAGACUGGCAUCCAUUAAAGAUAGGAUUGUAGAGUUGGGAGGUGCACCUAGGGGCCAUCUAGUCCAACCCCCUGCAAUGCAGGGAUCAUAGCUGAAGAAUCCCCGACAGAUGGCCAUCCAGCCUCUGCUUAUAAACCUCCUAUGAAGGAGAAUCUACCAUUUUCCACAAUAGUCCAUUCCACUGUCAACAGCUCUUGCAUCAAAGUUAUUCCCAAUGUUUGGUCCACUCAUCCCAGUAGCUCAGUGGGUCAGGCCAUGACUUUGCACGCAGAAGGUCCCAGGUUUAGUCCUCAGCAUCUCCUGUAGCGGAGCAGGUCAGGAUGGGCUGCCACCAGGCUCAGGACACAGUACCAGGCUAGAUGGAUCAAAGGUCUGGCUCUGUGCAAUAAAGCUGUUUCUGGGUAUAGGGAAUGUUGGGGACCCCCUCCUUAGAUGGGGCAAAAUGUCUCCAACUGGCCCUGCCUGAGUGCCUCUUCUAUGUCCUCUCCUAGGCAGUGCGAGCGCAGCCCUUGUCCCAUGGAGAACAACGCCUGUCGGAGGGCGGCCAACUCCAUCUCGUUCCAUUACUUGCCUCUCCCGUCCAACCGCACUGUGCCCAGGGUCCUCUUCAAGAUGUCCACCAGCCGCUUUGUGGGAGACAGCCUGCGCUUCAGCAUCUUAGGGGGCAACAGCCAGGGGAAGCUGGUUGUGCAGCGCUUGGACCAGCACACAGGGGAGCUGGUGCUCACCCGGCCAGCCGUGGGGCCGACGACACUGGAGGUGGAGCUGGAGAUGAGCGAGUUUGCCCGGAAGACCCUCCUGGGGAAACACAUCUUCAAGAUCACAGUCUUCGUUUCCCAGUAUGAAUUCUGAGCCCCAUCCUCACCAGCCCCAUAGAAGAGCAUCAGCAGCUGUGGAAGAUGCAAGUCUGGUCUCCUCCGAAAUGCACUAGUCUGCUGCAAAAGGGGCCAAAAAGCCACCCUGCUGGAUGUAUCCACCCCUCUGUGCCCCUUGGAGGAAGACUCCAUGCUGGACUGAUCCCCUCUCCCAUCUGUCACUAUAUGGGCAGUGCCCCCAUCUUGGGGGGACAGAGCAAGGAAGGCACAACACAGUUCCCAGAUACAGCUGGCAGGAGCUGGGCAUCUGUACUUGAAAGUGCAGCCCCAUCUUUCAGUCCCGACUGGGCAAAGGGACCAAAACCAACCAAUAUUAACAGGGGCGUCCCGUGGCCGCAGCAAGAAUGCCUUCCCACCAUUGCAGGAGCCGGUUACGGAAAAAAUAGAGGGGGGUUCCUCCAGUUUUACCAAAAAGAGUCACGGAAGAGGCUCUGUCCCCAGAAAUCAAAAGGCAAAUAACCAAAGUCUGAAGAAUGGCACCAGCACAGAAGCAUCUUUUGCAAUGCUAAGGGAGACCUGUAGGCAAGAGAUGCCUGGACUCGAGAGACAGACCUGGGUGCUUUGCAAGAUGUAGUUCUUAGCCUG